GUUAUAUGUUAGUGUUCCACAUUGCUUAAAAUUUCAGUAAAGUUAGAAAUAUGUCUGGAAGUAAAUGUCGGAAUUGUGGAUCCACAAAUAUUGAAACAGAUCCAGCUCGAGGAGAUGCUGUCUGUACAGAAUGUGGUUUUGUGCUGGAGGAUCAGCUUAUUGUCAGUGAAACAGCGUUUAAAGAGACACCAUCUGGGAAUAUGAUGGUGCUUGGUCAAUUCGUUGCUAGUGACAGCACUGGUGGAGCUACAGGAUUUGGAGCAACAUAUCAUGUCAAUGGAAAAGAAUCAAGAGGAAUAACAUUGCAAAAUGCAAGAAAAGGAAUAACUCACUUAUGUAUGCAAUUACAAUUAAACCAACAUUGUAUUGAUACUUCCAUGAAUUUUUAUAAAAUGGCAUUAAAUCGUCAAUUAACUCGUGGAAGGAAGCAAGCACACAAUCAUGCAGCUUGUGUUUACAUUACUUGUCGUACAGAAGGCACUGCACAUAUGCUUAUUGACAUCAGUGAUGUUCUUCAAAUUUGUGUUCAUGAAUUGGGACGCACAUAUCUGAGGUUUACACAAGCUCUUUGCAUCAACAUACCUUCAGUAGAUCCAUGUUUAUAUAUUAUGAGGUUUGCAAAUAAGUUGGAGUUUGGUGAAAAAACACAUGAAGUAUCAAUGACUGCUCUACGAGUAGUUCAAAGGAUGAAAAGGGAUAGUAUUCACAGCGGACGUAGACCAUCGGGAUUAUGUGGAGCUGCAUUGCUGAUGGCUGCUCGAUUACAUGAGUUCAACAGAUCGCCCGCUGACAUUAUCAAAGUGGUAAAAGUACACGAAUCUACAUUACGCAAGAGGCUUAUAGAAUUUGGCGAUACACCCUCGAGCUCAUUGACCCUUGAAGAAUUCAUGACGGUCGAUCUGGAGGAGGAACAGGAUCCUCCAGCUUUUAAAGUUGCACGUAAAAAGGACAGAGAACGACUACAAAGAUAUAAUUAUGAAAAUUAAUUAAAUGAGAUUGAUAAACAGCUAGAGGAACACAGAUUAGGAAAAACAAGAAAACGGAAAGAUGCUGCUUACAUAGAAAGAGAAGAUACGGAGAGGUUUGUAAGGGAAAGUAAUUUAGAUGUAAUUAAAAAUUAUGUUGAAAAUGAUGUAGAUGAUCCUGAUAGCGAAAUUCAAGAUUCCGAGUUGAAUAACGUAAAUAAUCAGUUAACAACUGGUCUGGGUCCAAAUUUUGCGUCUAUGGGAUUAAUACCGACAAAUGAUCGAGAAAAUGAAACGAAAGAAUCAGCAAACUUUGAAAAUAAUUCUGGAGAGAUUGUCAUCGCUGAUUUAGACGAUGAGGAAUUAGACAGUUAUAUUAUGUCAGAAAAAGAAGCGCAAUUUAAACAUAAUUUAUGGAAUAAAGUGAAUGCUGAGUAUUUAAUUCAACAAAAGGAAAAGGAAGAAAGGCGGCAGAAAGAAAAAGAAGAGGGUAAACCUGAAAAGAAAAGGCGGAGAACUACUAAACGUAAUAAAAGUCAAGCACCGGCGAACACGGCAGGAGAAGCGAUUGAAAAAAUGUUGCAAGAAAAAAAGAUUUCAUCGAAAAUUAAUUAUGAAGUGUUAAAGAGUUUAAAUGUCGGCUUAAGUACUUCAAACAAAGAACAACAAAAAGUCGAAGAACCAGUCCAAUCGCUUAAAACAGAAGUAGAUAGUGCAGCAAAUUCCAGUAAAAUACCUAGUGGUACUAGUCCAUCGAAAAUACAAGACAAACCAAUCACACAAACAGUAAAAAAACCUCGUUUAGUUAAACCACAUGUUCAACAAGCAAAGAAAAAAGAAUUGGAGACGUCCGUUGAAGUAGAAAUUAAUACAGUAGAACCUACACUUGCAAGAGAAGAUAUCUGUGAUAUGGAUGAAACCGAUGAUUAUAUCGAUGAAGAAGUUGAAGCUGAUCCUACAGAAAUGACUGUUGGUCAAAUGCUUGAACGAAAUGCGUCAGAAGACGAGAAUGACUUUGGAUAUGGAUAUGAUGAAGAAGACUAUUAAUUAUUUGUCAUGGAGGGCUCUAGGCCCUUAUCAUUUUUGUGCCGCUUUCAACGUUAUCGAUUCAGCAUAA